CCUGGGGUGCGCAGCCGCCUCCCCGCGUGCCCCGGCCGAGCGACAGCAUGGCCGCGACUGCCGCCGUCAGCCCCAGCGAGUACCUGCAGCCGGCCGCCUCCAGCGCCCAGGACUCGCAGCCGUCCCCCCUCGCCCUCCUGGCAGCGACAUGUAGCAAGAUCGGCCCCCCCGCCGUGGAAGCCGCUGUGACUCCUCCUGCCCCUCCUCAGCCAACGCCUCGCAAACUCGUCCCCAUCAAACCUGCUCCGCUCCCUCUGGGCUCUGGGAAGAGCAACUUCGGGAUCCUGUCAUCGAAGGGGAACCUCUUCCAGCUCCAGGGCUCUCAGGUCGGCGCCUCCUACGCCGGGGGGCAGCUGGUUUUUGCCAUCCAGAACCCCGCCGUCAUCAACAAGGGGCCCCGCGCGGCCGCAAACAUCCAGUACCAGGCGGUGCCCCAGCUGCAGCCCGCGGGGGGACAGACCAUCCAGGUGCAGCCCAGCCUCGCCAACCAGAUCCAGAUUAUUCCGGGCACGAACCAGGCCAUCCUCGCCCCGUCCUCGUCCUCGCACAAGCCCGUGCCCAUCAAGCCGGCCCCGACGCAGAAGGGGGGAGCGUCGCCGGUGCAGGGCGCGAGCGGCGUCGUCAAAUUACCGGGCGGCAGCAACGUGACGCUGGCGCUGCCCGUCAACAACCUGGUGGGCGCGGCAGAGCCGGCCCCGCAGGCGCAGGCGGUCGCCGAGAGCCCCUCGAAGCCCGGCAAAAAGACUCGCAAGAAGGCCGUGUCGCCCAGCCAGCCCGCCGCCGUGGCCGUGGCCGAGCAGGUGGAGACGGUGCUGAUCGAGACGACGGCCGAGAACAUCAUCCAGGCGGGGAACAACCUGCUCAUCGUGCAGAGCCCGGGCUCGGGCCAGCCGGCCGUGGUGCAGCAGGUGCAGGUGGUGCAGCCCAAGCAGGAGCCGCAGGUGGUGCAGAUCCCGCCGCAGGCCCUGCGCGUGGUGCAGGCCGCCUCCGCCACGCUGCCCACCGUCCCCCAGAAGUCCUCCCAGAACUUCCAGAUCCAGACGGACCCCGCUCCGACGCAGGUCUACUUCAAAACGCCGUCGGGGGAGCUGCAGACGGUGCUGCUCCAGGAAGCCCCAGCCGUGACGGUGGCCCCGUCGGGCACGUCGUGCAGCAGCCCCGUGUCUCGCAGCCCCGGCGCGGGGGGCGGCGGCAAGAAGCCGGCCACGCGCAAGGAGCGCACGCUGCCCAAGAUCGCUCCCGCCGGCGGCGUCAUCAGCUUGAGCGCGGCGCAGCUGGCGGCCGCGGCGCAGGCCAUGCAGACCAUCAACAUCAACGGCGUGCAAGUGCAGGGCGUGCCCGUCACCAUCACCAACAGCGGAGGGCAGCAGCAGCUGACGGUGCAGAACGUCUCCGGCAACAACCUGACCAUCAGCGGCCUGAGCCCCACGCAGAUCCAGCUGCAGAUGGAGCAGGCGCUGGCGGGAGAGGCGCAGCCGGGGGAGAAGCGGCGCCGCAUGGCCUGCACCUGCCCCAACUGCAAGGACGGCGACAAGAGGCCGGGGGACCAGGGGAAGAAGAAGCACAUCUGCCACAUCCCCGAGUGCGGGCGGACCUUCCGCAAGACCUCGCUGCUGCGCGCCCACGUGCGCCUGCACACCGGCGAGCGCCCCUUCGUCUGCAACUGGGUGUUCUGCGGGAAGCGCUUCACACGCAGCGACGAGCUGCAGCGGCACGCGCGCACACACACAGGUGACAAGCGAUUCGAGUGCGCGCAGUGCCAGAAGCGCUUCAUGCGCAGCGACCACCUGACGAAGCACUACAAAACCCACCUGGUCACCAAGAACUUGUAGGGCCGGGACCCGCACCGUGGACAGGCCUCGCGGGGCCGCGGCGCAGGGACACCGGGCGCCGUCCCGGCACCCCCGCCGCCCCCGCAGCACUCCAGGCCCCCGGCCGAGGGCCGCCGAGUCCCCCCCGCACAGCCCUCGGGGACGCCCUGGGCCA